AUGGACUCAAACAAGCUUCCAAGGGCAUGUUUCACAAAGUUAAGUAUUGCUCUCCACCAGUUUGACUUCACAAGCACGAAAUCUGAUGCAUCCGUUUUCACCAGACUCACAACAACCUUAGCCACCUAUAUUCUUAUCUACUUAGAUGAUAUAUUGGUCACUGGUACCUCUGAAAGUGACAUCACAGCUCUCAUGGCACAACUACACAACACUUUUUCAUUGAAAGAUCUUGGUGAAAUGUAUUACUUCUUUGGGAUUGAAGUCAGCUCAAGCUCCAUAGGGACAUUCAUAUUGAAACAAACCAAAUACAUCAUAGAAUUGCUAAAGAAAUCUGAUAUGAUCAAUGCUAAACCCGUGCCAACCCCCAUGACCUCAUCACUAAACCUCUCUACCUUUGGUGACAGAACAUUCAACAAUCAUAUAUUGUAUCGAUUCAUUGUUGGUGGCCUUCGAUAUGCCAUAAUCACCAGACCAGAAAUCUCCUUCUCAGUGAAUAAAGUGGCUCAAUUUCUUCACUCUCCACUAGAAUCACAUUGGAAAGUUAUCAAACAAAUUCUUAGGUACCUUGCAGGCACCAUACGGCACGACUUGAGGUUCAGUAAAUUCAUCAAUUUUAGAAUAUAUGGAUUCUGUGACUCUGACUGGGCCAGUGAUGUUGAUGACCGAAAGUCGACAAAUGGCUUUGCUAUUUACUUAGGUUUGAAACUGGUAUCUUGGGCUACCAGAAAACAAACUGCAGCAUCAAAAAGUAGCACUAAAGCAGAAUUUAGAGGCAUUUCAGAUGUUGUCACUGAAAUUAUUUGGUUGUAA